AUGGUUCAAGAUCCUGAGGCUACGCAAGAUACCUACUAUGAAGAUGACACCUAUGGUAUGGAGGAAGAUGAAGAGGCAUAUGCAGAGAUAACACAAGAGGACUGCUGGACUGUCAUCUCAAGUUUUUUCGAGCAAAAGGGUCUAGUUCGCCAGCAAUUAGAUUCUUUCGAUGAAUUCGUACAGAAUACCAUGCAGGAACUCGUGGACGAAAACUCUGAUUUGAUACUGGACCAAGCAGAUCAGCAUUCUGGGCAUGAUACUGACAUGACUCGUCGAUACGAAAUCAAGUUUGGACAAAUUUACCUUUCACGUCCAACAGUCACCGAAACCGAUGGCUCAGUCGUUCCCGUAUUUCCACAGGAAGCUCGCUUGCGUAACCUGACGUAUUCAGCACCCCUCUACAUUGAAAUGAAGAAGAAAGUGAUGAUUGGUCGAGAGGAUCCCAAUGGAAUUCCGGGGGAUAUCGUCUGGACACAAGAACACGAGGAGAACCCCCAGGAUACGACUAAAGUAUGGAUUGGCAAGGUUCCUAUCAUGCUUCGGUCAACUUUCUGCAUUCUACGAGGACUUCAAGAUCAAGACUUAUACGACUUGAACGAGUGCCCAUAUGACUCCGGAGGUUAUUUCAUCAUCAAUGGAUCUGAGAAGGUCUUGAUUGCACAAGAACGCAUGGCUACAAACCAUGUCUAUGUUUUUGCAAAAGCGCAACCGUCACCUAUCAAUUUUCUUGCCGAGAUUCGUAGUGCUGUAGAGAGGGGAGGAAAAACAAUUAGUCAGUUCCAGGUGAAGAUGUUCCACAGGAAUCAAGAUCGUUCGCUCGGGAACGUCAUGAAAGCAACUAUACCUUAUAUCAAAGUGGAUAUACCUAUCUGGGUCGUUUUCCGUGCCCUGGGUGUCAUAUCCGAUCGCGACAUCCUGGAACACAUUUGUUAUGAUAUGCAAGAUUCGCAAAUGCUAGAAAUGCUCAAGCCUUGUAUCGAUGACGGCUUUGUCAUUCAAGACAGGGAGGUUGCCCUGGAUUUCAUCGGUAAUCGUGGAACUACUACAGGUCUUCCCCGCGAUCGCCGAAUUCGGUAUGCACAAGAAAUUCUUCAGAAGGAGAUGCUUCCCCACGUCUCUAUGGGUGAAGGUUCUGAGUCAAAGAAGGCUUAUUUCUUCGGCUACAUGAUCCAUCGUCUCUUGCUUGCGGCCCUUGAACGAAGAGAACUAGAUGAUCGUGAUCAUUUUGGAAAGAAACGACUUGACUUGGCUGGCCCUCUACUUGCCAACCUUUUCCGUAUGCUCUUCCGGAAGUUGACAAAAGAUGUUUACCGGUACCUGCAGAAGUGUGUCGAAACCCAUAAAGAGUUCAAUCUUGCUUUGGCCGUUAAACACCAGACUAUCACUAAUGGUUUGAAGUACUCCUUGGCCACUGGAAAUUGGGGAGAUCAGAAAAAAUCUAUGUCGUCCAAGGCCGGUGUAUCACAGGUGCUCAAUCGGUACACGUAUGCAUCGACACUGUCACAUCUACGUCGGUGUAACACUCCACUGGGGCGCGAAGGCAAAAUUGCCAAACCUCGUCAGCUACACAACACUCAUUGGGGUAUGGUCUGCCCUGCUGAAACUCCAGAAGGACAGGCUUGCGGAUUGGUGAAAAAUCUUGCAUUGAUGUCAUGUAUCUCCGUCGGUUCAUUGUCGGCACCUGUUGUCGAAUUUUUGGAAGAAUGGGGUCUUGAAUCGCUGGAGGAAAAUGCACAUUCUUCGACACCUUGCACAAAGGUCUUUGUAAACGGUGUUUGGAUGGGUGUGCAUCGCGAUGCUGCUAAUCUAGUCAAAACUCUCAAGAAACUAAGGCGAAGAGAUGAUAUUAGCCCUGAAGUUUCAAUCGUACGCGACAUUCGAGAAAAGGAACUACGGUUGUAUACAGAUGCUGGUCGAGUCUGCAGGCCCCUUUUCAUCGUAGAGAAACAACAAUUGUCUCUGCAAAAGAAGCAUGUUAGAUGGCUCAGCAACGGCCUUAAUGACGAUGGAGAGGAAUACAAAUGGGAGCAUCUGAUAAAAACAGGUGUCGUGGAAUUGUUAGAUGCAGAAGAAGAGGAAACCGUCAUGAUAUCGAUGACUCCAGAGGACCUUGAGAAUUCGCGCAAUCAGCAAGCUGGUAUUGACACUCAAACGAACGAAGGAGAGUUUGACCCCGCAGCUCGACUGAAAGCCGGUACUCAUGCUCACACCUGGACACAUUGUGAGAUUCACCCCAGUAUGAUACUUGGUAUUUGCGCUAGCAUCAUCCCAUUCCCAGACCACAAUCAAUCUCCUCGCAAUACAUAUCAAUCUGCUAUGGGCAAACAAGCUAUGGGUAUAUACCUAACGAAUUUCUUAAUUCGCAUGGAUACAAUGGCCAAUAUCCUAUAUUAUCCUCAAAAACCUUUGGCGACAACACGUUCAAUGGAAUACCUGAAAUUCCGAGAACUCCCUGCUGGACAGAACGCUAUCGUUGCCAUUUUAUGCUAUAGUGGCUACAACCAAGAAGAUUCCGUCAUUAUGAAUCAAAGCUCUAUUGAUCGUGGCCUUUUCCGAAGUAUCUAUUACAGAAGCUACAUGGAUCUCGAAAAGAAAAGUGGUGUAACACUUCUAGAAGAAUUUCAGAAACCCACUCGAGAAAAUACCCUGCGGCUUAAACAUGGAACGUACGACAAACUUGAAGAUGAUGGAUUUAUUGCUCCGGGAACAGGUGUCGCUGGCGAAGAUAUCAUCAUCGGCAAAACCGCGCCUAUACCACCCGAUAGCGAAGAACUUGGCCAGCGAACGAGGACUCAUACUCGUAGAGAUGUCUCAACCCCUCUGAAGAGUACGGAAAGCGGGAUUGUAGAUCAGGUGCUUCUGACCACCAAUUCUGAUGGCCUGAAAUUCGUCAAAGUUCGAGUCAGAUCUACUCGUAUCCCUCAAAUUGGAGAUAAAUUUGCGUCUCGCCAUGGUCAAAAGGGUACAAUUGGUAUUACCUAUCGCCAGGAAGACAUGCCAUUUACAUCAGAAGGCAUUGUCCCUGAUAUUAUCAUUAACCCGCACGCUAUACCCUCUCGUAUGACCAUUGGCCAUUUGGUCGAAUGUCUUCUGUCGAAAGUCGCUACGCUUAUUGGAAACGAGGGUGAUGCGACGCCAUUUACGGAUCUUACUGUCGAAUCGGUUUCUACAUUUUUGCGUCAGAAAGGUUAUCAAUCUCGUGGACUGGAGGUCAUGUACCACGGUCAUACAGGUCGCAAACUUCAAGCUCAGGUCUACCUUGGACCAACUUACUAUCAACGUCUCAAGCACAUGGUGGAUGACAAGAUCCAUUCUCGUGCUCGUGGCCCUGUACAGAUCCUGACACGCCAACCUGUAGAGGGUAGGAGUCGUGACGGUGGCCUCCGCUUCGGAGAGAUGGAACGUGAUUGUAUGAUCUCCCAUGGUAUUGCUGGAUUCCUGAAGGAGCGUCUAUUUGAGGCUAGUGAUGCUUAUCGACUCCAUGUUUGUGAUAUUUGUGGUCUGACAGCUAUCGCCAAUCUUAAAAAGCAAAGCUUCGAAUGUCGAGCUUGCAAGAACAAAACCGCUUGCUCGCAGCUAUACAUUCCAUAUGCUGCCAAAUUACUUUUCCAGGAAUUACAAAGUAUGAACAUUGCCCCUCGUCUGUAUACUGUGUCUUCGGGACGCAUACGCGGUUAG